AUGAGCCAACCCACCGCGCGCCGCCCCAAGGGGCAGGAGGCGGUGGAGGCUCAGAGCAAUGGUGGGGGCGACUCGUCGCACCAAUUCAAGCUGUUUGGGCUUUCAAAGGUCGUCAUUGCCGUGAUUGCCAGCGUGGCGUGGAUGUCGGUCUCCUCUGGCCUCAUCCUGCUCAACAAAGACCUGCUGUCCCACGGCUUCCACUACCCCAUGGCCCUGUCGGGCCUGGGCAUGGCAUUCAGCGCCUGCGCCAGCACGCUCUGCUGCCGGGUGUUCAAGUUUGUUGAGGCCAAGAAGACGAUGACGUGGCGCUUCUACUGCACCAAGAUACUGCCCGUGGGCCUCUUCAUGGCCCUCACCCUCCACUUUGGCAACCUCGUCUACCUCUACCUCACCGUGGCCUUCAUCCAGAUGCUCAAGGUCAACCUCAACCUCACAGGCAUGUUCAUCAUGCUGCUGUCGGAGCUGUUUGAGUCGAUCCGCCUCGUCAUGACCCAGCUGCUGCUCACGGGGCUGCGGUUCCACCCAAUCGAGGGCCUGAUGUACCUGGCCCCCGCCUGCACCUUCUGGCUGCUCAUCGGCAGCACGGUGCUGGAGCUGCGCCCGAUGCUGGCCUCCGGCGCCUUUGGGCUGAUGCUGGAGCGCCCCGUGAAGUUUCUGGCGGCCGCCAUGAUGGGCUUUGCCGUCAACUCGCUGGCCUAUAUCGUCAUACAGUCUGCCUCCUCGCUCACGCUCAAGGUGCUGGGCACGGUGAAGAACGCGCUGGUGGUGUGCCUGGGCAUCGUGCUGCUGGCUGAGAAGGUCACAGCGAUCCAGGGGAUGGGGUAUGGCAUCAGCGUGGCAGCCUUCUUCUGGUAUCAGAAGAUCAAGAUGCAGCAGAUCUCGUCAGAGGCCAAGGCCGCGCUGGUCACGGGUGUCACCAAUGGCAGCAGCGGCGGCGGCGGCAUGGAGAAGGAGGGCGGCGAGGGGCUGCCGCGGUACCACGCUGUGCCAACCACGGAGGAUGGCCUGGGAGACGGGAAGGCGCAGAAGUGA